AUGGUUCGUUCCCACACGCAAGAGCUGCUCGCUGGACCACGACUGCGCAGUACCUGCGAUCGCUGUCACGCUCAGAAACUGCGUUGCGUAAAAACAGUAGAUCUGCAAAAAUGUCUAAGAUGUGCUAAACACAGAACCUCGUGCACUUUUAGUGCUCGGAGCCAGCGCAAGGUCCGCGAGCCAGAAAGGGAGCACGCCACUGCAGACAGGACAGCACCACUGGCACUUUCCACUAGUCUACUUGUAGACGACUCACCGUGCUCUGUAGCUGGUCUACCAAACACCACUUCGCCUUCUUUCGACAGUUGGACAAUGGACUUCAGUAACCUGUUUCCUACCGAGAGUGUGGGCAGUAUGUCUACAUCGCUCGAGGGGCAAGACACCCAACCGCUUGCAAUCGCCGACGCCAUUCGUGAAUUGGCCAAUCUGAACGUUCGCUUGUAUAAUCAUUUCUGCACACUGCCAGCACCUCUGCAUUCGGAAAACACAGUCCAGACACCCGACUUCUCAGUCAACCGUUUUUUCGCCAUCGACGAAACCUUCACGCUCACAAGAUCCCUCAUCACACUUUUAAAGCGACUUCAACUCUCUCUCGACGACCCUCUAUCUAGUGACGCCUCUAUUGAUCAAGCAACAACCCUACUGAUCUUAUCUUGCUAUCAUCGACUGCUAGACGUAUACGGGUCUAUUGCGAGUAACAUACGAUCGUGUUCGCAGAAUCCCCAGCUGCCAUGGCCCGGCGAGGAGCCGGCGGUCCGCCUUCCUCCACUGCAAAUCGGAUCAUACAUCCCCGCCCAGCUGCAAAACAGCAAGCCGGAGGGAUCGCCUUCUCUAUCGACCGUCUCAAUGCAUAUGAUGGUUAUGCUGACGCUGUCUACGCAGCUCUGCGAACAGCUGCGGGAGAUCAUCACCGGUGGGCUGGAUCAGAUUUAUAGUGAGCAUAUGCCAAGUUUUGGCAUGACCGGUAGCUCUUUGCAUGCGCAUGUGUCGGACAUGAUCAUCCAAAAACCUUCUCGGAUUUUCGACGACAAGGCACGACGGGAUCUCGAUCAGAGAUGGUACACUCUUACGAACCAGUUCUCGAAUGCGAAACAAGCUGUCGUUUUGUUCAGUGCUGCAUCGAUGUAG